AUGGUAAACACCGGCAAGCCAUCUGGUGGCUGCAAGCUUUGCAGGGCCAGGAGGAUCAAGUGUGAUGAAGGCAAGCCAUUCUGCAUGCGGUGCAAAAAGUCCAGGCGUCAGUGUCCUGGCUAUCGCGAUCCUUUCGAGGCCAAUAUCCGCGAUGAGACCGAGGCGACGAUUAAGAGAUUCAAGAAGUCGAGGGGUGAAGACAGCUCAGAGGACGAAGGCAAGGGCCCUUCACCAGUCUGCAACAAGCAGUGCUUGACAUCGGUGGCUGGGCCAAAAUACAAGACGUUCGACUACUCGAACCCGGCUGCGUUUCCGUUCCGCGCAGACGAUGACUCGACCGAAGACGACGAAGACAUUCCCGUGUCCCUAUUUGACUCUCUCGACGAACAGGCCUCUUGCUACUUCCUAUCAGAGUUCAUCAUUGUACCCUAUACGCCCACUGCCAGGGGCUAUUACCGUUUCCUUCCUCGGUUCUUGAGUCAACCGAACGUCUCCAAAUGUCUCUCGCAAGCUUACAAAGCCGUGUCCUUGGCGGCUCUGGCGAGUCGACGAACCGUCAACGCAAGCUCUGCCUUAUUUCACGCUCAGAACCACUAUAUGAGAGCUGUGAGGGCUGUCAACAAAGCCAUCAUGGACCCUGAGCAAGUGAAGAACGACCAAACACUUGGUGCAGUUCUCAUGUUGGCGUUUUACGAGAUUCUGACCGCAUCUCGGAAUUCCAUUGCGGAGUACACCAACCACAUGAAGGGAGCAGCCAUUAUUGUGAAACUCAGGGGGCAGAAAGGACUCGAGACACCCGAAGGCGAGGAGAUGUUCGCCAUCACCAGAAACCAGUGCCUGUCAAUUCACUGCCUGCCAAAUUCACCAGAGGUAGCCGAGUUUACUUGGCUGCUUCACCACGAAUGUCGCGGACGUAUGCAACACGCCAUCGCCAGCAUGGAUAUUCAGAGCAGUCAAAUCAGGCAGGACGUCGACAGAAUCCUGGGUGCUGGGGACCGCAAGCCCGAGACGAUUCAAAAGGUGCUUGACGCUCUCAAACGUGCCCAGGCGCUCGAGGCCAAGUUCCGCAAGCUUAACAAUGACCCGAGCCCGCAAUGGAAGGUUGAUACUGUCGACUGGGUCAUGGAUCGGCAAGACAACGAACUCGACACGGCACCGUCAUUCAAUGGACCGAUUUACGGCUUCUUCAAUCUUCCGCUAGCCAUCUUGCACGUUGCCACGUGGUGUUGCCAUCUAAUGUUGACAACCACCAUCUUGCGUUGUAUGGCCUGGCUGGUUGCACCAGACGACUACCGUAUGGGAGAGGAGUACGAAGAGCUGAAGAGCUCAGCGAUCUUGCGAAUAGAUGACACCAUCGCCUCGGCACCCUUCUUCUGCAAGUGGAACGGCUACGGAGUCGUCGUGGCACAGUUUCCAUGCGGACAAAACACCAAGCCAGAUGAUCCGCUGAAGGGAGCCGCUGGCCUCAUGAUUCUCUGGCCAUUGGUCACGGCUUACACCAGCGACUUUGCGACCCCGAGGCAGAAGCGGUUCUUGAGGGGCCGGCUCAAAUACCUCGCUGACGUUGCUGGUAUCAAGCAAGCCAACGUCUUCCUCAACAUGCAGAUGGAAGAUGUGUCUUCGCCAUCCAAGGAAAUUGAGCGUGACCGUAGGCAAGGCGUUCAGCUCACUUCGGAUGGUCUAGAAAGCCUGCGAGCGUUUCCGUUUUAA